CCGAUCAUCACUCGUUCGCACAAACGAACGCACGCACGCACGCACGUACAAUCGAGCGCAAUUAUUUUUAUUGUUGUUACUGUUGUUGUCGACGCGUGGUGGGACUGUCGCCGGAAUCGUCCGUGAAAGCUUCGAGAGAAAACGCAGAGAGGAGGAUCCGCCGAUAUGCGACUGAUAGCAUCGGUAGGCGCGAUCGUUCUGUUAGUUGGAUCUUGCGCGGCCAACCAGGACUUCCUCGUGAAGUCCUUGAACGAGUGCGUCGCCGCGGAAUCGUGGCUCUCCUGCCUGAAGCAUCAUGUUUUGGAUUACCUCGACGGCAAGCUGGGUAGCAGCACAGAGGCGAGGUCGCUCGAGACCAUCGACGAGGCAAUUGUCGUCCGGACCACCAAGUACCUAAAGAGCUUCGACUACGGCCUGGGUCUGCCCUUCGUCGACGCCAGUCUCAAGUACAGGCCCAGCAGGAGCUUGACCGACCUGGACAUUGAGUUCAAGGAUAACGAAGUGGCCACCAGUCAAGCCCGCGGGCUCUUGAAAAAGAAGCUCUUGUUACCGUUCUUGCUGCUGCUGAAGCUGAAGAUGAAGGCGCUCAUGCCGAUCUUCGUGGCCAUUAUCGGACUGAAGGCGCUCAAGGCCCUCAUCCUGUCGAAGCUCGCCAUUCUCGUGGUCAUCGGGUUCGUCGCGUUGCAGUUCUUCAAGAAGGGCGGCAUGAUGAUGCCGAUGGCCGCAGGCAUGUCCAUGGAACCGGCGACUGCGUACGGAGUACCUUCUCUCUCGACGACGUCGAGCUACGACCCAGCCAACACGUGGGACGGUAACGGUCCAUAUUCGCGCGUCUGGACGCCCACCAACGGCGUGGAGGCCCAGAAUCUUGCGUACAGCUACUACGCGCCCGGCAGCAGCUCGAGCUCGUACAGCUCGGCGGGCUCCUCUUCGUCGUUGUCUUCGUCCUCGGGCGGCUCCACAAGCUACUCGCCCUAACGACGCGCGUCGACCGCCGGCCGAGACGCCGCCUCUCGAAUCGGAUCGCUUCCCCGACCACUGAACCGUCGGCAAACGAGACACGACCAAAGAAACUCACGCCAAAUAACCACGAAGCAGCCUCUCGCGAAGUUAACUCUAACGAGCCACCGUCAGUCUCGCUCGCACGAGAGAGCUCUCCUCCUCUUCUCUCUCUCUCUCUCUCUUUCUCUCCUUCCCUGCCUCCUUCACCCUCCCGUCGCGAUCCCAAGACUUCGCGACGGCUACGAGUCAUGCCACGAGACUCGCUUCUGGCUCGCAUCGAGCGCGGAUUUGUUUACUUGUCGAGGAUUUAAUUGAGCCGAUUAAAUUCCCGAUCAAGUUUGAGAAUCCGAGGUCGAGAGAUUUGCCCGAACCCUUGACAGCCGCGGAUUGACGCGGACCGAAAUUCGCCCGCGGGACCAACAAUCGACAGCCCUUCGCCGCCAUACUUGUCUUCGGCUGUGGACCACCACGUGGAGGACCACUGCGGGGUAAUUAAUUAGCAGCGCCCACAUCGGAGUCCACGGAAGGGACACUGAUCGCGGUGUUCGCGAUGAUCGUCUGACACGCGCUGCGAGAACGUCGCUGCUCCGACGUGAUCGUCGACUUAUUUAUUUCUCGCGCGGCACGAUUAUUUAUUAUCACCCCCUCUCUUGUGAUUGUUAAUAAAAGCAUUUCUCGUGAAGUAAACUGCCUUUUUUAUC